UGAAAAUGGAGACCAAGGAAAAUGAUCUUCUGGUGGAAAUGUUGGCGUCCACGUUCUCUGCGACGGGGGGCGGGAUAUGCAAACUAUUAGACAAGGCUGAUGUGGUCUUCGUCGAAGAUAUCGUUGUUCAGGUGCUUGACCUGAACAAAGUGAUCGAUCUUGACUCCGUUCACGAUAUGGUUAGCGAAUAUCUAUUCACAGCGAGUGAUGGGAGUACGGAACUUAAAGCAAUGCUUCCAGCACAUGCGGAAGUACGUUCAGGAAUGCUUGAAAACCUUUGCCUCAUACGUAUUUUUGAUUACACUUUGGAUGCUAGAACAUUGAUUGUGAGAAGCUGUGAUGUCGUUGCACCAUCAACCAAGAUGGAGAUCAAAAUUGAUGAACCACAUGGGAGUUCUAUUCCUGCUACACGGACGUUUAUGACAAGAAGAAUAUUUGCUCUUGAUUCCUUGGAUGCUACUAAAACAGAUUGGGAAAUUGAGCUUCAAGUUAAACAGAAAGGCGACUUGAGAUCGUAUAAUAACAGCAAAGGAAAUGGCUUUGUCUUUGACGUAACUUUAGCAGACAAGAAAGAUAAGAAAAUAAGGGCUGUCAUGUUCAAUAAAGCUGCAAGGAAAUUCUAUCCUAAGUUUAAAUUAGGAAAGACUUACUAUAUUUCAGGAGGCACUCUUAAACCAACAAAAGAACAAUACAAAAUUGCAGAUAAUGAUUAUGAGAUAAUCUUGGGAGAAGGAACAAUUGUGAAAGAGGUAGAUGACAAUGAUUCAACGCCAAAGGCAAAGUCCAACUUUGACAAGAUUGAUCAAGGAAAUGUUACUUCAAUCGAAGUUCCCCUUUCGAAAAUUACUAAUGACCCAACUCUAGGUCAGGAAAAGGCUGUCUAUUUCAAUGUAAAAGUAUUUGUGACUUACAUUUCUUCUAACCAAACAAUGUGGUUCUGGGCAUGCAAGACCUGCCACAAAAAGGUGACUGAAACUGUUGAUUCUGGUUAUUGGUGUGAAAAAUGCAAUGCGAUUGUCCAGUGUUGUUUAAGAUAUGUAAUGGAAGUCAAGAUAUCAGAUCAUUCAGGGGAUGCUUGGGUUACAGUUUUCAACGAGGUGGCGGAGGAACUUAUUGGAUGCACUGCUGAAGAGCUUGCUAGGAUAAAAGCCAGUGAGGGCUAUGAUAAGUACCAACUCAAAUUGGAAAAAGCAACUGGGACUCAACAUUUCUUCCGAGUUGGAGUUCAACAAGCUGAGUUCAUGAACAAGAGGAGACAGAAGAUAACUGUGCUCGCUCAAGUACCAGCUGAUUGCUAAGCUGAAUCAAGAUUCUUUUUGGAAGAGAGAACAAAUAUAUCUGCCUCUUAAUGCAGUAAUAGUUUAGAAACAUACAUUUUUUUUAUUGCUUUAGUUAGUUUAAUAUAUGGAAGUUGCUGACUCUUGCUGACUCUCUGACGUUAACCAUUGCUUGCUGAAUGACAUACUACUGCUUCAUCUAAGAAUACUCAGAAGUACCGGUACUUUAAAAA